AUGAAACUGGAUCAAAGUUGGAUAAUUUUUGGCGCUUCUGCUGAACAUGGUAACUGCAAUGGGCAAAAUUCUGGCAAAUUAAAUGGCUCCUCAAUCUUCGAUCUGGGCACAAAAUUGGAAGCUGUAGUGUAUUUAGAUGUAGUCGAAUCUAUGCUGGUGUCGGGAGUAGAAGGCGAUAUCACCGGCAUAGGGAUGACAGGAUUGGCAGUGGCAACUGAAUCAGGCGUCAGAAUAGUGUAG